GGCGGGGCUUGGGGCUGCUUACCUUUCCUUGCUCUCGCAUCCUCCGCCUCCUCAGCGCCGGGCAAGAGGACGAGGUGAGCGCAGAGUGCGCUAAACGCGCGAAGCGGGAGUCACUCCGCAGAAGCCAUUCGCCUCUUUCCCAAGAAGCCCGUCGGUGCCAAAAGUCAUCCUCGCGGCCGUCUCGAGAAAUGGCCGAGAGCCGGGACCCUGCUAGUGAGCAGCUGAAGCGCUGGCAAGAACUGCGGGGCUCGCAGGUACAGAAGAAAGCCCACCCCCCUUAAAAACCCAUUGGCACGUUCCACGCCGCGCGCGCGCGCGCUAAGUAUUUGGUCUGCAUUCAGUGGGCUAAGCAGCUGCCUUAGGACGCAGUUAGGCGGGCGCGACCACCACCUGAGAGGCGGCGGGGGUGGGGUUGGAUGGGGACGGUUGGUAAGGACCAUAGGAGUGGUGCUUCCCUAGACUUAAGAGUGGAGAGUUACAAUCCACUGUCAAUCUCGGGUGCUGUUAACGGGAAAGAAGGAACCAAGUGUCCAGUGCUCUUUGGCGUGGGCGGGCCCAAGUGCCCACGAGGGCCAGGUGAGCCCGUUGGGGCGACCUAAUAGCUGUAGAAGGGAAUAGGGCUUCAGUGUCCUUAAUAACUAGGCAGCAGAGUGAGCAUAGUCUCUUGGGAAGAUAAGCUGCAAUUGGUUGUUUAAACGUGGGCGAACUUCAAUCAAAAAUGUUCAAAGCCAGGGAUUUCUGUUGGCAUCAACUUUAGGCUGCAAUCUUGGAAGUCCCAUUGAAAAAGAUGGAAUGUGCUUCUGAGUAGAUAUGUUCAGUAUCAUCCUCAGCGCUUAAGUAUUUAUCAUCCGCUUCUCGAGGUCUGUUCAUAACCUGCAAAUUGUUCUUAACCUGACAGCACUACUUUAGCUAAUGGGGCCUCCUGCUGCCGCAUGCGCUGCAGGUGCACAGAUUUCUGUUCUCAUCCUGAAGCAUAGUUCUUCAACCUGAAGCACUAUGCUUCUGGGUUAGAAUAGAAGUCUGUAACCUGAAGCGGUGUGGCAACGCAUGAAGCGUAUGUAACCUGAGGUACCACUGUAGAUAUGUUCAGUAUUAUCCCCCCACCCCUUAAAUUUAUCACUCACUUUUCCUCUGUCAUAAAUGCAAAGCCAGAUCCUUAGUUCCCAACUGGUCCUGAGUUCCUGAGUGGUCAGCCAUCCAGUCACUAACUUCACACAGACCUGCUUAACUUCAGCUAAGGGACUUCAUGACCCUUUGGACCAAACCCUGGAGCCGUUUGAUGCUCUAAGCUGGCUUACUGGUGCCAGGGGCGGACUUUGGUAAUAUGGUGACCUGAGCGAGGACAAAAUUUGGUGCUCCCCCCCAAAAAAAUAUUUCUAAUUUUCACAAUAAGUACUUUGGUACAAUUGGUUCUAAUGAUUGAAUACCACUUUCUGAGUUGCGCCUUGUGAUGUGCUGUGCCAAGACCUGCUUAAUCUUGUUUUUAAGUUGUAUUCAUUCAAUUUGUUUUUAUUAUUGCUUGUUAGCCACCAUGAGCCAGGCCUUGGUUGGGGAGGGCAGGGUAUAAAUAAAAAUUAUUAUUAUUAUUAUUGAAGUGCCUCGCCUCUGUGCCUUGUGCCAUCAACUGCACCACCCUAAAUCUGGCGCUGUUGCUGCACAUCAGCACAUGCAAAUGUUAAAUGUUGGGGUUGUGUGUUUCAGACUAUUCUUGUUGCCUAUUUUUAAGGUGAUGUAACGAAGCCAAACGGCAUUUAAAGAUGGGCUUACCUUUGUGUGAGUGAUGCUACCUGUGUUCUAAAUUGAAAUGUAUCUUGCAUAUCCUUCUUAAAAAGGCACCUAUUCUCUAGUGGUAGCCUUUGAAGAAUUUCUUCCUAGUUUGUGGGAAGGCUCGUAUCUGACCUGUUGUGACACUAUUUGAAUUCUACUUCAGCAACUUAUUUCAUUUUGCAGGGGAAAGUCUCUCAGAAAUGGACCCUGGAAAUGGCUGUGCAUACCCUUGUUGUUUACUGAUACAGUUCCAUACAUUGGCAUUGUAACUGAAAGAUUAGCCAGUUUAUUUGCUAUAAGAGAGAAGCUUCAAUGUAUUAUUCUUUAGUUUGUUGAUAAUCCUAACAAAAUACAUGGAAACAGACCACAAAAUAAUACCAAGUACAUUAGCUAUCAGAUUCUAGUGCCCAAGUGAAUCUUUAUGCCUUGGUAAAUGUAGCAAAUUUUAAUACCAUUUGAAUGAUUCUACUGAAAUAAUUUUAACCACUAUGGUAGCUGAAAUAACAGUAAAGAAUGUGCUAUAUUGCUGUUUGCACUCACUUGUAUAACAGCAGAACCUCUGUGAUAGAUAUGUUUUUAUCAUAUGCCUCCUAGACUUUAAUGCAAUCAAAGUGCAGGAAGUAUAUGAUUAAAGCAAAGUUACUGCAGAAGUACUGAUUCUAUGCAAGUUAAGAUUAUCCCACUGCCUGAGGAGGGAGUGAAAAUAUUUCGUUUACUACUAUGAACUAAGGAAUAUUUAAUAUGUCAGUUUACAGAUUUAAUAGCGCAUAGAGUAAUUUAAUAGAGCAUUUAUUUAAGGAAUUUAUAUCCAACCCUUCAAAAAGUUCCCAUGAUAGCUUACAAAAUUUUCUAAUUACAAUACCAGAAUUUUUAAAUAUGGAUAAUUUCAUGACUUAAUUAUACUUGUUGACCAGAGGGGUGUAUAAGCAUAUGAGAAAAUGUGUCUUCCCAGAAGAAUCCACUUCUCAGUUACACCUGUCAAUUACAGAAGUCCAUACCUUACUCUUUGAGAAAUGUUGGCAUAUAGGACCAGGGCUUUUAAAUUUUACUUGUAAAAGGGAGACAAAGGCAGGGAUUCUUAUUUUCUGAAAAGCUUUUGAUCAGCGUGUGCUGGUUUAUUGAUUUUAUCAUUUUUAAUUGAAUAUUCCCCACUUCUACUUCACUAAUAAAAAUGGAAUGUAAAUGAGAUGGUAGUUAUUUUAAGACUACAUGUGAUAAGAGUUUUAUAAAGACUGCAUAAUGCUGAAGUCUAAAAAGAUUGAAUCCACGUCUGCAGACUCUUAGUCACCAUGAGUGAAUGCAAAUACAUAUUCCUUAAGCUAUUUGGGGUAUGAGGAACAGCUUUAUGUCAACCAUCAUCUGUUGCUAUUUGUAUUUCACAUCUGACUUACUGUAUAAUAUGCUGUGCAUGUAUACAUGGGUGUUCAAAAUUAAGUUCCAUCAAGUUCAGUGGGACUUACUUGCAGAUAAGCUUGUGUAUUAUUUCAGGCUGCAAUCCUACAUACCUCUAUCUGGGAGUUAGUCCUACUGAAGUGGAAGUUCUGAGUAGCCAAGCAAAGACGUUCACUGUUAAUUUUAAAAUUCCAGAGAUUUUGGAAUAUACAUUUUGGAAUAUAUUUACAGACUGAAUAUAUGUUGUACUAUUUCCAAAAUUGGGGUGGUUGUAUGAAGGCAUGUGCAUGUGGUUUUUACAUCAUUUUUUUAAAAAAAAUAUAAUUUUAAAAACAAUUACCUUAAGGUUUUUUUUAAAAAAAUCAUCAAAAUGAAACAUGUAUGUACAGUAUUUUACAAGCAAAUGUGUUUAAGUCUUGACAUCCAAAUCUUUUAAAACUGAAUUCAUGACUGUCAAAGGGAUUGGAUUAAAGCAUACCCCAAUUAAAGCAAAUUAAAGCUUUGAUUGAAUUAUGGGAGAAAUGACUUUUGAAGUCAAGUAUUUUCAUUAUGUCACUAUUUUGUAUUUUUGUGACAAAUUGGGAAUAUUUGUUACCACUGACCUCCUAACAUGAACACUUAUUUUCUUCUAAUGAAAGAGACUAGUGAUUGUUUCUGGAAAGUCUGAGCACUUGCGAGCUCUUAAGAGCCUUCUAGGCUCAUCCAAAAGGCUUGCACUAGCUCAACGGCGUUUUGACUUUGCAUUGAACAAAUGACUUCAUAUCCCUUGGGCUCACUGAACUAGUUUCAUGGCCCUUUUGUUUACUUGAAGACUACUAGCCAAUUUUGAUUGGUAUCUUUGCAUGUGUAUGGAAUGAACAAGCAGAUUAAAAUUAUAUAGUGCAAAGGGUGUAUAUGCCAUAACAAAAUUUUUGGAACAUGCUCCUUAGUUGUAAAGCUGUGUUCUCUUUGUUGUAGUGAAGAAAUAAUAUAUGCAUUCAAAUGGAGAGCUUGAUUUAAAUUAGUUAGCUAAACUUUAUCUUGUAUUUAAAUCACUAAAUUGAAUCACACUGAUUUAAAUUGGUCCACUCUGGUCUGAAUACUUUUUUACAAGGUGACUGCAAACUCAUAUUGUGAUGGAAAACCAUUGAAUUUUGUUGAGAUUCAUUGCAUUGCAAAUGAGAAAACAGACUACAGCUACACCAUUGUUGAAGUGAUAAAAUCAGAGCCUGAAGUAUGGAGAUGGAGUGGUUCCUUUCUGUCACCAUGUUCUUAAUAGCACCUGUGAAAGUACAGGUAACAUAAAUUGUUAUGGAUAGACAAAGGAAUGGGUGGAGAGAGAUAAAAGAUGCAGUUCAUUUGUGUGCCAUCCUAAAGGCAUUUUGCAAACCUCUGUACUGUAUUGGACACAAUCACAUCAAUUCAUACAAACAAGAGACAGGAUAUCAUUUAUCAUUGUGUAAGCAGAAUUCCCCUUUUCCUCUGCAACCCCCUGCUGCAAAAUCUGCUCUGAGGGUCCCCCAACCCUCUGGAGCAAAUAAUGGGGGUUCAUGGGGGCCACAGGGUGAGGAAAAGGAAAUCCUGUUGCACCACUGGAAAUCUGGUCUGCUUUUAGAUGAGACGACUGGAUAUAACCCAUAUUAUUAACCUUCUGCAAUAGUAUUGCUGGUUAAUGGAUAUAGCAGGGCAUGCUAUAAGAAGAACCUGCCAGAUCAGAUCAGUGGUCCAUCUAGUUCAGUAUCCUGUUGCAUGGCGAGGCCCUGGACCCCUAGCUCCUCCAAAAUAAAUACACCAACACAAGUAUAUUGGGUUAAUGGGAUAAAUAAGUGCCAUAACGUUGUUGGUGAACAGAUGCGAGCGACUUGACUUGGGCAAUUGCGUCAAACAAGACUCUAUCUUGACUCCUGCCGGACUGCAGGAAGUCUCUUAGGGCUCAACCACCGGAAGGGCUCAGCCCAUGACUGUGCAUCAGUUGAGCAUCCCCAGGGUCACCGUUAGACUGAUGGCAUGACUUUCUAGCCCACAUCCAAGCUCUGGACAGGAACCAUCACUUCUGGAUCCCUUUAACAGGAUACACUUAAUGUGGAGGGCAGGUGGAGGAACAACAUCCUGUCCCAUAAUAAGGCUUGUAAAGGUAAAAGGACCCUGACCAUUAGGUCCAGUCGUGACCGACUCUGGGGUUGCGGCGCUCAUCUCGCUUGAUUGGCCAACGGAGCUGGUGUACAGCUCCGGUCAUGUAGCCAGCAUGACUAAGCCAUUUCUGGCUGAACCAGAGCAGCGCACGGAAACGCGUCAACCUUACCGCCGAAGCGGUACCUAUUGAUCUACUUGCACUUUGAUGUGCUUCUGAACUGCUAGGUUGGCAGGAGCAUGGACCAAGCAACGGAGCUCACGCCGUCGACAGGAAUCCACACCGCCGAUCCUUAACUGAUCACCUUAAGUGCCUCGGCUCUGUGGUUUAACCUCACUAGCGCCACCAAUAAGGCUUAUCCAAUGCCUAACCUUACAAAGUUGUGAUGAUUGCUACUAGGUAGGCGAAAACCAAAUGGCUAGUGCCAAUUAUGCCAAGUGGAAAAAGUCGUACCCAGCCCCAUCAACCAGGCAACGACGUAAGUCAUAGCAAGGCAGUAGUCAAUCCACGCAAGAAAAAAGGGUGGGUAGGCUGGGAGAUCCCACAAAUGGAGGGAAAAAAGGAGGCUGCUUCCCUGGCCACGCCACGAUUUAAACAGGCAGAGCCAACGCCAUUGGCUGGCUGGGGGCAUGACACUGCCGGGGAUACUGAUGACGUAGGCGGCGUUCCUCUGCCCAAUCCACGGAUUGCUGCGAGGACCCGGACUCCCACCCCCAACGCAGCCAGCUCACAAUGCAUCCUUUGCAAUAAAAGAAACCUAUCCAUGAAAUAAGUUAAAAUAUGGUAAAAAGAACCUCAAAAUGCCAAACAGCUAAAGUUCGUGUUGCUAUAACCAUGCCUGGCUAUCCACUGUUUCCUGAAACUAUUAGCAAGUUUAAAUCUGCGGAGCUCUUUGCUGGCCUUGCAUAUCUCAGACAUUUUUAUUAGAUUAUGUUGGAAAGUCUAAAUAAUUUUUUCAACUCCAGCACAUGGAAAACAUGUUUAUAUACAUUUUGAGAUGCAUUUCAUCCUUCUGAAUACCUGUUUCCCCAAAUAAAUUGUGGGAAAUUGAUGCAUUUCAAGAGGUGUGAAGAUGCAAAGCAUAGCUGUCAUUUGACUCAGUGAUAAUUAUUUUAAUUUUCAAAGUGUGUUUUGCAAGUCAUAAUGUCUCUCUACCAACUUUGCCACAGCUAAUUUAGAACUCAUGUAUGAACUGAUUACGAGUCUCUGUCCAACAAGCAAUAUUGCCUUUCUAAAUCUUGUGACAUGUUUAAGUGGUUUUGUUUUAAAUAUCCAACACCCAGGGGCUUAAUAUGGUUUAUUACAAAACUCCUUUGAAAUGACAGUGGUCAUAAUGAUAUGGGGAUGAUAAAUUCACAUAAACUGUCCUUUUAAUCUCAGGCAAAUAGUCUUCAUUGCCAGGAACUCUUCAACAACUGCUUACAGUUUAGGGAAGCUUUUAAUAUUUGAGAAAUUAUUGUAUUUUAAUAUUUUGCUGGAAGCCACCCAAAGUGGCUGGGGAAACCCAGUCAUGGGUGAGGUAUAAACAAUAAAUAAUCAUAAUAAUUGAGGAAUGUCACUGUACCAUUAAGAGUAUCUCUAAUGACCAUUCUGUUCCUGUUGAGUCCUUUGUUUCCAUGCUGGUGGGAAUGCAUGUCAACUUUCAGGGUUGAUUUCCUACCGUUUUUUGGUUUUUUGCAUGCAUAUUAGUAUUUUUCGGUGGCCAUCUUGCAAGGUAACUCCUUGCAGAUUCAUCUCCCACCCCCCCUUUGCUUUGUUUCCCCCAUUCCUUUUUGUCUUAGCUCUGCUUUGUUUAUUUUAAAACAUUUUUGUACUGCUUCUAGUGGGAUAAAUCAGCCUCAUAUAAUCAACAUGCCUAAUUCUAAUUAAUGCACAAAGAGGUUAAGACCAUAAAGUAAGCUAACCUGCCACAUCACUCCCCCUCACUUUGGGACGAAGGGUUACCAAACCCUUUGAUCUCUCACUUCCACCACAUGAUCCCUGCUAGUAAGGAAGUCUAAGCUGGAUGCUCCAAGCUUAGACCACAUGACUUAAGCAAGCAAUCUUUAUACAAAGCGUGUUCUCCUUCAUGGAGAGCACGUGUUGCGGUGGGGGCCGCCAGGACACCCCAAAGUUGGGGGCGGGCUAAUUGAUCAUUGGCCACUGAUGCGAUUGGGGCUUCCCCUGUUGUUGGGAAGAAGUUAAUGUUGCCAUUUGUUGAUUGACAGCCAGAAAUGCUAAAACUCCUUGCACGAGGCUAGGGCUUCCUCUUUUCAAGCGUGCAUCGGAUUGCCCGUCCCCCCCUCCCUAGAAUUAGGGUUGUUCGCUUUGACCUUGCUAUGCCUGUCAUGGGAUCGUCUGCUCUUGGGGCAGGGGCCCGGUAGGAAUUUUGUCCAUCUGGGACUUCCGGGGUGGCGCCAUCAGUAAUGGCGGAUUCCCUCUGACUUGGAGGGAACCGGCUCUGCGGAAAUCGGGUCUGCACCGCUACGGCGAAGCGGGGACCCUUCAAAAAUCACAGGCGGGUGAAGCCUGUGACCGUGGGACUCGGCGGGCACAUUUGCGCCCCCAACUUGCAAAGGAGCCCGACUACGGGUUCCGGAGCGGAGCGGGGAAGUGGCGCGGUGCUGUGAGUCAACUGCUUCUUCCGUGGAGCGAAGCCGCACAGCCGUUACCGGAGAGCGCUGCCUUUUUCCUGGGACAAUUUGGCUGCAAAACAAUGAUCCGUGAGUAGGCUAAUUUCGGAAACAAAGGAACUAAGAAAUAAUUUGGCACCGAAGCGGAGAGGCAUAAACAGGAAGUCUGCCUUCCGUUCUUUGUAAAUGGAGUAAAGCAAUGAACCUGUAAGCGGAAACCUUGAAAGACGGUGGAAAAGGAUUAUAAUUCUAACAUCAAAUUAAGUGAUUCCCCCCCCCCCCCCGAUUGCAGGGGAGGAGGGGGGAAAGGUCUGAACUGUAUUUCCCUGCAAAAAGAGAGAAAAAGAAGCUAAAAUCCACCGCUCAAACCUGGGAACGGGUUGCCAGUGAACAGUAAGAAUGCCGUAUUGUGAAAUGCGCUGCUGCUGAAAGUACUUUUUGACAGUUAACUCUGCAUCUGAGAUACAAGUAAGAUACAAUAUUUCUGGCUGGCUUCUCCUGGUUUUAAAGUAACUGUAAGCAAUUGAGAUUGAAACUGUCACCCUUUUUGUGAAUUGGGGGGCUAAAGGAAAAAGGUUAACUACUCUAAGACUUUUUGACUGCUACUGUGUCCCCCUAGAGGAAGUUUGAAAUUGUUACAAUUGCAGCUGGGCCAGGGGAAUUUUCCACUUCAAAACAAAUUCUGAUCGUGAGACUGACCUUGGGCUUUAUCUAGAGUGUUAUGGCAGAUGGAAAGGAGAAGAUAGAUUUGUUACAGGAAAAAACAAUGAGGUCUGGCAGACUAUUUCGCACAGACGGUGGGCUGCAGCGAAGAGCAUCGACAUCUGGCCCUUCUGGAUUACCAACAGUAGCCUCAUCGGCACAACCUAAACCCAAAGGAAUGGCAGCUGAAGAUGCUUUGGCUCAGGCACUAGGUAAAAUUAACGAAUCUUUGGAAAGAAUAAGUAAACAAGUAGCCGAAGCAUCGGGCAAAAUUGACCAAAACACCACAAGUAUUAAUAAUCUGGGACAGAAGGUAAAUACCAACACAGAAACUAUUCAGAAAUUACUACAGGAAUCUACCUCAACACGAAAGACAGCUGAAGAGGCAAAGGAAAUAGCAACUGCUGUAGAAGAGAAGAUACCACCGAUACACAAACAACUUGAAGACCACAGGUCAAUAUUGUCUAUGAUUGAGUUGAAGGAGAAGCAAACGAAUUUAAGGAUCAGGGCCAUACCUGAACUUGAGAAAGACAACUUGACUGAUUUUCUUACGCAGGAAUUUGCAGACUUUUGGAACCCAGAUUUGGAGAAGGAUAACUUCCAGAUAGUGAGUGCCUUCAGGCUUGGAAGAGGAGGGAGGAAGAACAGGGUGAGAGACUGUUUGAUCACCCUCCGAACAAAAGAGGAGAGAGACAAAAUCUUGAGUCUGCACUUCCAGAAGACUUUGGAAAUACACCAGUCAAAAGUGGAGAUAUUUAAGGACAUUCCGAAACAUCUUUUGGACCUUAGGUCCAAUUAUAGAGAUUUGGUUGCCCUGUUGAGAAGCAACGGAAUCAUCUUUAGGUGGGAAUUCCCCCAAGGCCUAUCCUUUAGUUACAAAGGGAAGAAGAUAAAAAUAAGAUCAGAGGACGACAAAGACAGAUUUUGGAGAGACCACGGAGAAGACCUGCAGAAGGAAGCCGCAGAAGAGUUAAGAGCACUAGUAAGUGAAACUUUAGACAUGCCAAGCUUACCUCCUGAACUAAAAGACCGCCUGGAGAAGGUGAUACCACCGACAGAUCAGGAACAAGCACUGGAUGCAGUUGGAGGAGAAGCAAAGUAACUACAUCAUGGCUCUGCAACUAUUAAGCUGGAAUUGUAAUGGUUUGAACUCCCCUCAGAAAAGGAAAUCUGUGUUUCAUUUAUUAAAAAAAGGAACAAUUGGACUUGAUUUGUUUACAGGAAACACAUGUAACAAGGCUACACAGGAAAGUACUGAUUAAUAAAAGACUGGGUCAGGAGUUUAUUUCUUUGGACAAGGUUAAAAAGAGGGGUAGUGAUUUAUGCAAAGGAGAGACUAUUACCGAAAUUUAUAUUCAAAGAUGACCAAGGAAGAUUUGUGGCAAUUGAAAUUCAAACACAAGGAGAGAAAUUUUUGAUAGUAGGAGUUUAUGCACCAAAUGAGGGGAAAUCUGAAUUUUUUAAAAAGUUGCAUGAGACCUUGAUGGACUAUUUGGAUUAUAAUGUGAUUUUGAUGGGAGACAUGAAUGGAGUGGUAUCUACACACAUGGAUAAGGCACAAAGACAGGUAGUCACUAAGGACGGCAGAUUACCGAAAACUUUUUUUGAGAUGACAGACAACUUGGACUUAGUUGAUAUUUGGAGAACAAAGAAUCCCUUGGCCAGAGAGGGAACCUUCUUCUCUGAAGCCAAACUGACAUGGACAAGAAUUGACCAAAUAUGGGUAACUAGAGGAAUGGCACCAAAGAUAAGAAAAGUGGAAAUCUGCCCAAAAACCUGCUCCGACCAUAAUGCUGUGAAGAUGGAGAUGAAACUAACACCAACUGGUUCCUUCAGAUGGAGGAUGAAUGACACCUUAUUCAGAGAUGAAGAAGUUUAUAAAAGGCCCAAAAAACCUUGAGAGACUAUUUUGAGAUAAAUAUGAACACCAAUGUGGAAAAAAGAGUAAUCUGGGACGCUAGCAAAGCUGUUAUGAGAGGGUUCUUGAUACAACAGAAUGCAUUAAAGAAGAGAAUUCAAAAUGAGAAGAAGGAUAAAAUUUUGGAGAAAAUAAAAGAAGGUGAAAAGAAAUUGAGAGCAAAACCUAAGUCGCAAGAGAUUUUGAGAGAAAUAAAAUUAUAUCAAGUACAAUAUAUGAAAAUGAUGAAUCAGGAGAUAGAAUGGAAAAUUAAACAAAUGAGACAAAAAACAUUUGAGUCGGCUAAUAAAUGUGGGAAAUUGUUGGCUUGGCAAAUGAAAAAAAGACAAAAAUUAAAUACAGUUACAAAUCUAGAAGUGGAAGGAAGGAAUAUACAGAACCCAGCUGAGAUUAGAAAUUGUUUCCAGAGGUACUUUAAACAAUUAUAUACACAAGGACCACAGAAAGAAAUUGAUUUAGAUCGAUUUUUGAAAACAAAUGGAUUACAAAAAAUCUCUCAGGAAAGUAAAUCAAUGUUGAAUUAUAAAAUAACUGAACAGGAGAUAGAAGGUGCCAUUCAGAAUAUGCAACUAGGUAAAUCUCCAGGACCGGAUGGACUGACCUCUAAAUAUUACAGAUCCUUAAAAGAAUGGUUGGUACAACCUUUGAAGGAAGUCUGUAACGAAAUAAUGGGUGGGAAAAGGGCACCAGAGUCGUGGAAAGAAGCGUAUAUUACACUUGUACCGAAAACAGAGACUGAAAAGACACAACUUAAGAACUACCGUCCCAUCUCAUUGCUUAAUGUGGAUUAUAAAAUCUUUGCAGACAUUUUGGCUAAAAGACUAAAAAAAGUGUUAAUGGAAGAGAUUCAUAAACACCAAGCAGGCUUUCUCCCGGGUAGACACUUGUCGGAUAAUGUGAGAAACAUAAUUAACAUCUUAGAAAAAUUACAAGUGAACAUAAAUACUAAGGCAGUUUUGAUAUUUGUGGACGCGGAGAAAGCUUUUGACAAUAUUUCCUGGAGCUUUAUGAAGAAGAACCUACAGGGGAUGGGGGUAGGCCAAGGCUUUGAAAACGGUAUAAGUGCAAUUUAUUCAGAACAAAAGGCUAAAUUAAUUGUAAAUAAUGUGGUGACGGAAGAAUUUAAGAUAGAAAAGGGACACGACAAGGUUGCCCAAUCUCCCCAUUGCUUUUAUAUCGGUCCUGGAGGUUUUGCUGAUAUGAUUAGAAGGGACCAGUUGGUUAAAGGUAUACAAGUCGGAGCCAAACAGUACAAAUUGAGAGCAUUUGCAGAUGACUUAGUAUUGACGUUCCAGGAGCCAGAAUCUAGUACCAAAAGGGUUUUAGAACUGAUUCAAGAAUUUGGUCAGGUUGCAGGAUUUAAACUGAAUAAGUUAAAAACCAAGGUUUAACAGAGAUUGAGAGAGAGAGGUUUCAGAAUGAGACAGGCUUAACAGUGGUUAAGAAAGUGAAAUACCUGGGGAUUAACAUGACAGCAAAAAAUGGGAAUUUAUUUAAAGACAACUAUGAAAAAUGCUGGGCUGAAGUGAAAAAGAUUUAGAAAUUUGGUCAAAUUUGAAGCUUUCACUGCUGGGCCGUAUUGCUGCGAUAAAAAUGAAUGUAUUGCCUAGAAUGUUGUUUUUGUUUCAAACAUUGCAAAUUGUGGACAAAAUGGACUGUUUCAAGAAGUGGCAGAGAGAUAUUUCUAGAUUUGUCUGGCAGGGCAAGAAGCCUAGAAUAAAAUUUAAAAUACUAACAGAUGCAAAGGAAAGAGGUGGAUUUGCCCUGCCAGACUUUAAACUUUACUAUGAAUCAGCAGCUUUUUGCUGGUUGAAAGAAUGGCUGCUUCUUGAAAACACAGACAUUUUGGAUUUAGAAGGUUUUAACAAUGUAUUUGGAUGGCAUGCAUAUCUGUGGUAUGAUAAGGUCAAAGCACAUAAAGUAUUUAAAAACCAUAUUGUCAGGAAAGCAUUGUUUAAUGUAUGGAUAAGAUAUAAGGACUUAUUGGAAAACAAAACCCCAAGGUGGCUGUCACCGAUGGAAGCGAAAGCUCAGAAAAAGCUCAAUAUGGAGGUCAAAAGGCCGAAAUAUUGGGAAAUUUUGGAACAAGAUGGAGAUAGACUGAAACUGCAGAGUUUUGAGAAAUUAAAAAACAAAGCGUGAGACUGGCUUCAUUAUUAUCAGAUAAUGGAGGCAUAUAAUUUGGACAAGAAAAUUGGCUUCCAGGUGGAAAAAUCAAAAUUAGAAACAGAACUGUUAGAACCCAAAACUAAGAUUUUGUCAAAGAUGUAUAACUUGCUGUUGAAAUGGAAUACUCAGGAUGAAAUGGUGAAAUCUGCUAUGAUUAAAUGGGCACAAGACGUUGGACAUAACAUAAUGAUGGCUGACUGGGAACAGUUAUGGACCACAGGUAUGAAGUUUACGGCAUGCAAUGCCUUAAGAGAGAAUAUUAUGAAAAUGAUAUACAGGUGGUACAUAACCCCAGUCAAGCUUGCAAAAAUCUAUCAUUUGCUCGAUAAUAAAUGUUGGAAAUGUAAAGAAACUGAAGGUACAUUCUUUCACCUUUGGUGGACAUGCCCAAGGAUUAAGGCUUUCUGGGAGAUGAUCUAUAACGAAAUGAAAAAGGUAUUUAAAUAUACCUUUCUGAAGAAACCAGAGGCCUUUCUCCUGGGCAUAGUCGGUGAAUUGGUGUUAAAGAAGGAUAGAGCUUUCUUUAUGUAUGCCACAACAGCAGCAAGAAUACUUAUUGCAAAGUAUUGGAAGACACAAGACCUACCCACUCUGGAAGAAUGGCAGAUGAAGGUGAUGGACUACAUGGAAUUGGCGGAAAUGACUGGCAGAAUCCGAGACCAGGGAGAAGAGUCGGUGGAAGAAGAUUGGAAGAAAUUUAAAGAUUUAAAUUUAAUUUAAUGCUAACAAGUAAGAUGUCUGUUACUUAAGUGCAAAAGGGUUGUCUACGCUUAAUCGUAAGUGGGUUGUCCAUAGAGCAUUACUAAUGUGGUUUCCUUUUCAAAGUUUCCUGAUCUGCUUCAGUCUACCAUAUAUAUGAUGCAUACUUCACUCCUGGGAGGAAAUGUACAGCACAGUUCUAUGCCAUUCAUACAGGAUUUCAUUGAACAUGAUCCAUAUAUCUCUUUGAUUAAAGCAAUAUAUGUGGGCUUUUCUCAAAACAUGUAUACUGUGAAACAGAUCAGAAUGAGAAAUCCAUACUCCCCAAUGACCCUCAGUGAGCUUCCUGACUGACUGGCAAUUUGAAACCAAGUCCAGCCCUCCAGGCACUUUUAAGGUAUGCUGCAUAAAACUGCACAAAAGCACAGAAUGCUGCUUGCCUUGUUUUAUGUGACUUCAGCCUUAGCCCUGUUUUAAGUAAGAAAUACAUGAUUUCACACUUGUCACUCAAGACAGUUUGACCAAAAUAUGUUGCUCCAUCAUUCCGUUUGGGAAUUGACUGACACUCCUGUCAGCUGUAGCCUGUCCAUAGUAACUGCUUUGUCCAAGUUUCUGUGAAGAUGGCACUGCCUGUCAUUUUUUUGGGAAUAUAUGUAAAUUGUGCACAAAGCUAGCUGAGAUACAAGACAGUGUAAAUGACUGGUUAGUGUAAUUGCUUUAAAAAGGUAAGCAAACCUUUUAUUUGUGGAGUGGUUAUGGAAAGCAGCAAACAUUGCAAAGAAACAAGUCUGUUCUACGUCUGUGGUUCUUGUUGACCAGACAGAACUAGGCAGAGUUUCUGUGAAUGUUCAGGUAGGAGAGGAACUGUGGGGAGUAGGUCCCUAGACUUGGGCUGGGCAUCAUCUUCAUUGCCUCCUACCUAACCCCAUAUAAGAUUAGCACUCUGGGGAGUUUCAUUGUGAAGCAUCUCAUAGUGACAGGCGUUGUCUUGCACUGGGAAAAGGAGACACCUGAGCCGAGUUUGGAUUCUUUUUUCUUCUCUGGGAAAGUGUCUCACAGCAACAAGUACAUAUGAUGGAGCUCAUAGAGCCAAAUUAGAUUAUAGUAGCUGUUUCAGGGGAGCGGUAAGUAUCUGAAUUGCAGCAAGUAGGAGAGGAAGUUUCAUGCCAGUAGCAAAUUUCCUUCCAAUGCAAAUGGAAGUGUCUAGACCCCGCAACCACCCCUCAUUGAAGAAUAAAACACACAAGGACACAGAUAUUAGGUUGAUGUUACUGGGCAAAUUUUGGCCACAACUUUAUUGGUUACAGAAUGUGAACGGUAAUUGGCUUAGACAUUGAAUGGACCCGACUAUAUCUGACUCCUGCCCGCUGCGCAGGCAGUCCGCUAAGAGUAAACCACCAGAAGGGGGAGCCCCAUCAAUGCAGACCAAUUCGAGUUCCCUGGGGUUUCCGACAGGGUCAUGUCAUGGCCCUAGCCCCGGCCCGAGCUUUGGACAAGAUCCACACCCCCGGAUUCCUUUAAUGGAACACCCUUAAACUUGGAGGGGCAGGUGAUGGCCACACCUCCCCUCUCCCAACAUAAGGUCAAACAAUGCCUAACCGCCACAAGAGCCUAAAGGCUCGCCACCAAAUACCCUCACACCUGUAACCAAUGCCUCACGCCCUCUGCAAUAUCAGCUAACCAGAUAUCAUUCCCCCAAUCGGAAAGGUGUAUGCCAUCAUCACAAAAUAGGGCCAUCUUGCUGUAAACUAUGGUGGGGUGCUCUCUUAACUUUCCCUUGUGAUAGAAAAGAAAAUAUUCGUUAAAUGUUUCUUCGUGUUUUACAGUCACCCCAUACCAAGGACAGUGCAUGCUAUUAUGUUUGGCUGUCUUCCCCACUGCCCCACCUCCAUUCUCAUCUUCAAAUAUCUAGCAAUAAAACAAGAAUUCUUUCUUUUCCUCUUUAUUACUUUUGUAAAUUAACGUGUGCAGUUAUUAUAUAGAACAGAAGGUUUAUUGGCAGAGAGACUUAAAUCUGUUGAGUUCAUUUGUUGUUCGUGAUCAAGAAUCUAGGUGUAGUCCUUAAUGCAUGAUUAAAGCAGACAUAGAAGAUGCAAUAUCCUUUUAAAUCAUCUGUAAAGGAGCGAAGGCACCUUUUAUCCUCUAAAUGGGUGGUGCCAGGGUGAUCUAACUCCCCUGUGUAGUUAUUCCAGAAGACUCACGUGCUCAAGCGGGUGGAGCUGUAUGUGCUGUAGGAGACACUUAAAAAUUAAUGCAAGAUUACUUUUGCUAAUUUAAUCUGCAGAGGUUGAUACUGUAUUAGACAUCUGAAUUUCAGGAUUGUGUUAUGGCUUGUUAUCUUCCUUGUGUCUGGCUUCCAGUUAUGUUGACUACCAUUCAAAAGCUCUGUUGGUCUCUCUGCUAGCUAUGAAUAACCUGCAACUAUGAAUGUUAAUGUAGGCAUAACCUGCAGUUUUCUACAGUGAAAUUUGGCCUGCAUCCAUAUUUCCAUUGGUUAGUUUUAGCGCACUAGAUAGUUGUUUAUUAAACAAAUUGAAUAUUGGUUUGUAUGUAGCUGAAGCUUGGUUGGCUGAGCUGUGCCCCCAAAGCAACUCACAGCAAAUAUUCAAAGCACCGAAAUACAAGUAUACAAAACAUAGAACGUGUCAGUAAAUUCAAAACUGACAAAAAUCAAUGAUUUGGCAAACGGAAAAAAUUCAGUGUCACCAAAAAAAACCUCACCAACCUAAGCUUAAGUACAUAAAUACAAAGCAAAAUAAGAAAUAACCAACAGCAAAGUUUCUGUUCUGUUCUGGCUGUACUCCAAGGAGCCAGAUGGAGAGCGGUAGAUAGCAAACAGACGGGCAGCGGCAGUUGGUGAGAGCGAAAUAGCUUUCCUUGGCAGACUGGAGUGAAGACUUGGACUUGCGAGUCGGUGAAGGGGGGGUGUCAGAUGGAGCCGAUCGGCAGACCUUAGCGAUGUGGCCCCUUCUGGAACACGUCCGACAGAUGGCGUCUCUGAAUCGACACUUGGCACGGGAAUGGUUGCCUCCACAGCCGGCACAUUCUGGUUGGCCCUUGGACUUCUGUUGGAACUUCCUGCGCUCCCGCUUUGUCUGGUGCACGUCAUUGUCUUCACUGGAGGAUGCCUCAUCACUGCUGACCUCUUCGUGAUGCACUGGAUCUGGCUUCCUAGCAAGACGCGGGCUGCUGGCCUUGCGGAUCUCCUGGGCGGAGCGUUCAGCAGCUUCUGAGGCCACAGCCUCUUCAAUGGCUUUCUGUAGCGUGAGGUCUGGCUUGGCGAGGAGAUGCCAUUGCAGAUGGAUGUCCCGGACCCUGCAGACGAUUCGAUCCAUCAGGGCAUCGUCUAAGUCUCGGAACUCGCAGUGCAUUGCAGCCUGUCUGAGGGCAGUGGUGUAGUUGUUGAUUGACUCCCCCUCUGCCUGGUUCCGGUGGUAAAACGCAUGGCGGGCAGCAAUCUUGGACGGCUUUGGCGUGUAGUGGUUGCGGAGCUUCUCUUGGAUCGUGUCCCAUGGUGUUGCCUGGACUGCUAAGAAAUAACCAACAGCAAAGUUUCUGUUCUGUUCUGGCUGUACUCCAAGGAGCCAGAUGGAGAGCGGUAGAUAGCAAACAGCUAGCUCCCACAUCAUUCUUCCAAAAGGCAAAUGUUGGUAGGGCAAUGAUGGUAAGCCUCUGGGAAGUACCAAAUGUUGAUGCAGGUAUUGCUACACUUAUGGUGCCUUAGAAGCCAUAAUUGGGCAUUUUAUUUGUUUUCAGUGUUCUUUAAAAAAAAAGUGUUUAUUGAACACAUAUUUACAAUAAAGGCAAGCCCUGAUAAAUGGUUGCUGCCUGUAUUAAACAACCCAGCAUAUCAGAGUCUUAUAUUACACAAACAGAAUUUGCUAUGGAAAUAUUAUAAAAAGAUACAUUUAGCCUUUAGUAAUAGACCAUGUGUAAUAUCCAUGACGUAGGCUGGAAAUUCAAUUACUUUUCAUGCCUCAGGUUUUAAAUUAUUAGCUUUUCAUAAUUUGCUGGAAAACCAAGCAGUCUAUUCUGUUAAGCUUAUUUUGAAAGCUUAAAGGUAAAGCAUAAACACAAUUAAGUACUUGUUAAGUUGUGGGUUGACAUAGCAGACGACACAGCGAUUUCUCCAAAGCAGCUCUUUAUUUUGUAAGCUGGAACAGAACUGAGCAGCAAACAGCUCAGCCGGCCUGCUUUUAUAGGCAGCCGGCUGUCAACAUUGUAGCAACAACAACCCAGGGUUUCCCGCCUAAAAUAACUGACGUGGACCUGAGUGAAAACUAUCUACAGUAUCCCCCUGCUGGCCCAGGGUGAGAACUUCAGUACAUAACACCCCUCCCCACCGAGAUAAGGCGUUAGUUACAAUCGUAAUGGUUUCCUUAUAUACAGCACUACACGUAAUGGUUCAAUUAGGCACAAAAGCAUAUCGGUUACAUUUCCCAUACUUAGACCAACAGUGAUACAUGUCCAACAACAUAGUCCUUUAAAUAAGUUGGGCGCUUGGAAACUCUGCCAGACCGCCGGGGACUGGUAGCCAAGUCCGGGGGGCCACCCAAUUCUUGCUGAGGCUGUGGUGCGACCCUAGGUGGCGUUGAAACCAAAUCCCCUGGAUCCGCUGCUGUGGGUGGAGCCUCCGCAAGUGGAGUGGUCUGAGUCUGUGGUAAGUCUGGCAGACCCUCUGAAGCGGCUUGGUUCGGCUCCACGCUGGCAGUUUGCGAGGGAGGUGUAGGUGGAGCCUCGCCAUCUGUAAGUGUCUCUUCUGGAGCCACAAGCGCAGUUGGGGGCACCAUGGUAGUGUCCAAGUCCCCAACCCUGCGCCUAAGCUGGUCUAUGUGCCGGCGCCACAAGCGUCCGUCUUCGAGUGCCACCUGGUACGAGCGAGGUCCAGUGACUCCCACUACUGUGGCUGGCACCCAAGGAAUGUCCCCCACAUAGUUCCGGGCAAAGACCUGGUUUCCUGGAACAAAUGACCGUGGCGCGUUGGCACAGCCUGGGGGUUCGGCCACGGCAAAGUCCGGGUGCAGCCGGUCGAGCGGUGACCUGAGGCGGCGGCCCAUAAGCAGUUCAGCAGGACUCCGCCCUGUGGUCGCAUGAGGGGUGAUGUGUUGCACGAACAAGUAUUCGGCGACCCGCUCGUGCCAGUCUCCCCGGUCCAGGCGCGCCAGUGCCUCUUUUGCCGAGCGCACCAUUCUCUCCGCUUGCCCGUUGCUGGAUGGAUGAAAGGGUGCCGUUAGGGCAUGGCGGAUGCCCAGUCCCAAAAGAUACCGCUCAAAAGUGCCUGACGUGAACUGCGGUCCGUUGUCGGAGACAAGGACAUCAGGACACCCAUGCGUCGCAAACAGGCCUCGCAGCACCCGGAUGACGGCCUCGGUAGUGGUGGAGGGCAUCAGGGCCACCUCCAGCCAUUUGGAAUAGGCGUCCACCACUACCAUAAAGGUCCGGCCGUGAAAGGGGCCAGCCAGAUCGAUGUGCACCCUCGACCAGGGUGUCUUUGGCGUCUCCCAGGUGUGUCCCUUAGCUGCCGGUGGUGCAGGCCUCGAUUCUUGGCACGCUUGACAGGCGGACACCCAGGCAGUGAUGGCAUCGUCCAUGUUAGGCCACCAGACGUAACACCGAGCCAACGCCUUCAUUUUGACAAUUCCCGGGUGGCCAACGUGCAGAGCCUCCAGGACGCGUUGACGGAGUCUUUGGGGAAUCACGACGCGGUCUCCCCACAGCAGACAGCCGCGAUGAGCCGAGAGUUCAUGUUGUCUGGUUGCGAAGGGCUGGAACUCCGAUGCAAAAGGCCCUUGUGGCCACCCCCUCCACACCCAGUUGAGCACACGGCUGAUGGUGCGAUCCUGGGCAGAUGCGGAGGCCACAGUGGCAGCCGAUACAGGCGCUGCCGGAAGAUCCUCAAUCAGGAGGAGCGAUGAAGCUGGAGCCGGGUCUUCCACAAACGCUGGAAGAGGGCAACGGCUGAGGGCGUCGGCAUGGCCCAUCGAUUCCCCAGGCGAUGGACGAGCCGGUAGUGGUAGGCAGCCAGGAAAACAGUCCAUCGCAGCAUGCGUGGCGAGAGGACCGGUGGAGUUGGACGAUCACCGGCGAGGAGGCCCAGGAGCGGCUUGUGGUCAGUGAUGAGGUCAAAAGUCCUGCCAUAGAGGUAUUCAUGGAACCUCUUCACUCCAGCCACAAGUGCCAGUGCCUCCUUGUCGAGCUGGCUGUAAUUCCGUUCCGUCGGAGAUAGCGUCCUGGAAAAGUAGGCGAGCGGUGCUUCUCUUCCGUCUGGAAAACGGUGACUAAGGACAGCGCCGAUGCCAAAAGGUGAGGCGUCGCAGGCAAGGACCAGCGGCCUGGAUUCACUGUACUGUACCAGCACACUGUCCGAUGAAAGGAGAGCCUUGACCGCGUUGAAGGCCGCCGUCUCCCGAUGACCCCAGGACCAAGGCGUCUUUGUGCUGAGGAGUCGGUGAAGAGGCUCAGCCACCGUGGCUUUGUGGGGCAGGAACAUGUUAUAAAAGUUCAGCAGCCCCAGGAACGCCUGCAACUCCGUCUUGUUCUUUGGGAUGGGGGCCUGCUGGAUAGCGCGGAUCUUGGAUGUGGUCGGGUGAAGGCCGGAGGCGUCGAUAAGAUAGCCCAGGAACUCUACCUGUGGAACGGCGAUCUGGCACUUCUCCCUCUUUACCUUGAGCCCGGCCUCUUGGAACCUGGUCAGCACGGCACGGAGGCGCUCGAACAGCUGCUGGUGUGAGUCUGCGGACACCAAGACGUCAUCAAAAUAUGGUACCACGCCCGGAAGCCCUUGCAGGAGACGCUCCAUAAGGCUUUGGAAGAUGCCAGGAGCCACACUCACCCCGAACUGCAACCGGCGGCAACGGAAUGCCCCUCGGUGGGUGACGAUCGUCUGGGCUUCAGCAGUGGCAUCAUCGACGGGCAGUUGUUGAUAGGCUUGGGCAAGGUCCAGCUUAGCGAAGACCUUACCCUCACCCAGGGAAUGCAGCAGGUGUUGGACAACAGGAACCGGAUAAGCGUGCUGCUGAAGUGCCUUGUUGAUCGUGCACUUGUAGUCAGCGCAGAUUCUCACCGACCCGUCUGGCUUGACAGGCGUGACGAUGGGGGUUUCCCACUUGGCGUGGUCAACCGGCUCCAAAACUCCUUGGGCGAUCAGCUUGUCCAGUUGUUCGUCCACCUUAGCCUUGAGAGCAAAGGGAACCCGGCGUGGCUUUAGCUUGAUGGGGGCGACUUGUGGAUCAAGGCUAAAGGAGAUGGGCGUACCUGUAUAUUGCCCCAAAGUGCCGUCAAAAACCUCGGCAAAGUCUUUGACCAGACCCUCAGUCUCUGCGUUAGAGAUGCAGUUGAUGCCGGUGACUUCCAGGCCGAGGGCAUCAAACCAGUCUAGCCCUAGGAGGCUUGGCCGCUGACCUUCGACCACCACCAACCGGAGCAGGCCCGAAAAAUCCUUGAAGGCGAUCCGGAACCGGCCAACGCCUACCACGGGAAUGUCGUUUCCCUGGUAGUCUCUCAGGUGUACGCGGUGAGAGUCGAGUUGCCUUUUGGACACUCUGGGUACCAGUCUUUUGAUGGUGCUCCAAGACACGAUGGACAGGGCAGACCCGGUGUCGAUCUCCAUGUCACAUGGAGCUCCUUCAAUGAGCACCGUGACGUUCAGCUUGCAUCGCGUAGGCAAGUCGGUUUGGCCAAUCGUGGUUCCAGACGGGCAGCGGCAGUUGGUGAGAGCGAAACAGCUUUCCUUGGCAGACUGGAGUGAAGACUUGGACUUGCGAGUCGGUGAAGGGGGGGUGUCAGACGGAGCCGAUCGGCAGACCUUAGCGAUGUGGCCCCUUCUGGAACACUUCCUACAGAUGGCGUCUCUGAAUCGACACUUGGCACGGGAAUGGUUGCCACCGCAGCCGGCACAUUCCGGUUGGCCCUUGGACUUCUGUGGGAACUUCCUGUGCUCCCGCUUUGUCUGGUGCACGUCAUCGUCUUCACUGGAGGAUGCCUCAUCACUGCUGGCCUCUUCGUGAUGCACUGGAACUGGCUUCCUAGCAAGACGCGGGCUGCUGGCCUUGCGGAUCUCCUGGGUGGAACGUUCAGCAGCUUCUGAGGCCACAGCCUCCUCAAUGGCUUUCUGUAGUGUGAGGUCUGGCUUGGCGAGGAGAUGCCGUUGCAGAUGGAUGUCCCGGACCCCGCAGACAAUUCGAUCCAUCAGGGCAUUGUCUAAGUCUCGGAACUCGCAGUGCAUUGCAGCCUGUCUGAGGGCAGUGGUGUAGUUGCUGAUUGACUCCCCCUCUGCCUGGUUCCGGUGGUAAAACGCAUGGCGGGCAGCAAUCUUGGACGGCUUUGGCGCGUAGUGGUUGCGGAGCUUCUCUUGGAUCGUGUCCCAUGGUGUUGCCUGGACUGCUUCAGGCGCAACCAAUGCUCGGGCCGUCUCAAACACCUCAGGCCCACAGAGGCUGAGGAAUAGGCCCCGCUUCCAUUCCUUUGAUACUGCUGUCAGCUCGUUGGCUUGGAGGUAGCAAUUGAACCGAGCAAGGUAGGAGUCCCAUGAAUCAGAGGCUGGCGCAAACGGCGGUAGAGGCACAAGUGAAGCCAUGAUUCCGAUGCCGGCGUGAAGGGCGAUGGAUGGAACACAGUGCUCUAGCCAGAACAGUCAGCUCUGAAUUGGUUCUGUCCAGUGAUUUCGCUCAGUGAUUUCGCUCUGUGAUUCAGCUCAGUUCAGAGGCUGGCCGCAUCUGGCUGUGCUCUGAUGUCCAUCGAUCCCAUCCUCGUCGCCAGUGUUAAGUUGUGGGUUGACAUAGCAGACGACACAGCGAUUUCUCCAAAGCAGCUCUUUAUUUUGUAAGCUGGAACAGAACUGAGCAGCAAACAGCUCAGCCGGCCUGCUUUUAUAGGCAGCCGGCUGUCAACAUUGUAGCAACAACAACCCAGGGUUUCCCGCCUAAAAUAACUGACGUGGACCUGAGUGAAAACUAUCUACAGUAUCCCCCUGCUGGCCCAGGGUGAGAACUUCAGUACAUAACAGUACUUAAUUACUAUGCACUUCAAAAUCUGGUGACAUUCAAGUUUGGAGGUGCAGCAGGAUGUUACUUAUUCACCUAUUUCUGCCUCAACAUUAAUUUAAUAAUGAGAACUCUUUGAAAUGGUUUUCCUUUUUUCACAUUUCUAUUGGUUCUAUUGCUUUUUUAACAUCUAGAUUCUUAUUACAUGCAAACCUAACCUCUCCUAAUAAUUCCUAUUAUAAAAUGAUUGAGUUUAAUACUGGAAGUAAUUUUCCCUGUAGUGUAAGAAAGCAUAUUACAUCAUAUGUCUGUCAAAUUAACCUAUAAGCACAUUCACUAAACGACAAAAAAAGUAAAAAGCCAAGUGUACUUUUCCUUGUUCUAGUCUUGAUGUUUUUUUUCCCUUUUGUAAUUAGAAACCAGAUAACGUGACCACAGGAGCUGGUAUCCCAGUGGCAGACAGUUUAAAUCUCUUGACCGUGGGGCCACGAGGCCCUCUUUUGGUUCAGGAUGUGGUUUUCACAGAUAUGGUGGCAAACUUUGACCGAGAGAGGAUUCCAGACAGAGUUGUGCAUGCCAAAGGAGCAGGUUAGUGUUAGAAGUUGCUUGUUGUUUUAUAAAAUGAAAAGAUGGAGAAUUAAAUAUUAUGAACUGGUUUUGUGUACAGAGGGAACAAGAAAGCAAAGAAGUUCCCAGAAUGUGUUUCACUCAGUUUUGUAGUUCUGGACUUGCGUUGUUAUACCAAGAACGUGACUCCUGCCGUGGGCCUCAGACAAGCUCUGCACGGGCCUGAUUCAGACACAAUUCUCAGCCAAAUAAUGGCCCAGCACCCAGCAGAGUAGCAAAAGCAGGAGUAGUGAAACAACCGUAUUCUCCCAUCUCUCUUUGGUGUACCAGCACACUGCAUGUUCACCUUUAAACUAUAGUUAAGCUAAACUAUGAUUUAAAGUGGUGAGCAAACCAAGGCAUUGUGUGAGAGAGUGAAAAAGAAGAGUUGCUUCUGCAAGCAUCUAUACAUAAAGUGUCCUUUUCCUUCAUCUGAGGGAGAAAAUAGCAACGAUACACCCAAGAAAAGCAGAGAUCUUCCCCCAACUGUCUUGGUCUGUGUAUCAAUGCUUGGCAACUGAUAGUUGUUCGAACUUUGCCUGCAUUCUAAUUGAUAUCUACAGUUAUCUCCUGAAUAGUUUCCCCUUAUUAAAAAUUAGUUCUCUGUUAAUUAUGAAUCCAACAAAAUUUUGGCCAGUUGUUGUACUUUGUCCUUUAUUUGCAGCCUGGAAUCAGAUAAUUUUACUGAAGUACAUGGUGUUUAGACUGCUUGUUUUUGCUUAUCUUCAGUUUUUAAUAAAAAGCAACCAUUUUAAACAUUUUAGGAGCUUUUGGCUAUUUUGAAGUGACUCAUGACAUCACCAUGUAUUGCAAAGCAAAGGUAUUUGAGCAAAUUGGCAAAAGAACUCCAAUCGCUAUGCGAUUCUCUACUGUUGGUAAGUCUUUAAAAAACACCUCUUUGUAUGUCCAUUUUAUUUGUGUCAUGUGUGCACAUGCAUUCAUUAAAUGGGUACUUAGAGGAGCUAAUUUUGUUAGACUUUCUUCGUGCAUUAUUUAGGAGCUAUUGGCUAUUUUAUAGUGACUCAUUGCCAGCUCUCAGCAAACCAAACUAGGAAAUGAUUGUGCAAUGAACUCUUCCCAUUCCGUUCUUCUUAAAAACUAUAAAUGGCAACAUAUAGGUGCAAUCAUCAGCAUAAUCCUUUGAAUUGGUGCUUUAUGAAUGAAUGAAUGAAUGAAUGAAUGAAUGAAACUUUAUUUGUGUCACCCAUUGGCCAUAGCAACACAAGAACAUUGCAAUAUACACAGAACAAACAAACAAAAAGUUGAUUAUAUAAAACACAGUUUAGGGUUCUGAGUCAGCGGUCAAAUAGUGGAUCUUAUUCUGAUUGCCCCAGCUAAAAACCUUGCAACCUUUGUUGUCAUCUGCUCCUCUUGAUUUGCUGCCAGGAUCAAGAUCAUGCCUGGUGCUUUAUAACAUUCAUUAGGUGAAGGCUAGGAGGGCAGUUUACACAUGUGAUGGCCCUGGUAUGUGCAGUUCAUGCUUUUCAUAGCUGCGUUCUCGAAGCAGCUAUGUGAGCCCUUUGCAUGACUGGCUUUGAACUUAAAUGUUUCGUACUAAAUUCCCAGUAUUAGAAUGGAUGCCAGUCUCCAGGGUUGAAGGAAAACUGUGUGCAGUUCUCAGUGUGUUCAAAUUUUAAACCUUCCUUUUCUAGCUGGAGAAUCAGGGUCAGCCGAUACAGUCCGUGACCCUCGAGGCUUUGCAAUGAAAUUCUAUACAGAAGAUGGUAACUGGGACCUUGUGGGGAACAACACCCCCAUCUUCUUUGUCAGAGAUGCAAUGCUGGUAGGUCAACUCAUGACAUGUUUAUUUGGGCACCCAAAAUAAGUUAAUGGGUGGUGAACAAAAUACAGUACCUGAAUCUGUUUCUUCUGUGGGGCUUAUUUUUAAAAAUCAAAUUACUGUUCCUGUGCCCAGAGGAAUCAUCUGCUAACAUAAAGUACCUUUCUGUUAGCUUCUGAAUGGUCAUAAUUAUUGUUUUUGUCCAGAUGUGUAUUCUGUGUAAUUUGAGCAUUGAGGUUGCCUUUCAGUGUUUCAUUUCAGUUCAGAUUUUUUAAUUAAGGUGAGCACAUUCAAGUGAUGCUCUGAAAAAUGAUCUGCUUGCUCAAAUGUUUGCAAGCAAUAUGGAUUGCAAUAUGAAUUGCCUGAGAGGGAUCGUUGAAUCAGCCAGGCUGCCCUGGAGAGCAAGUUCCAAAGAACAUCUAAAAAAUGAGAAACCUUUAUCUCUGAGCACAUUCACCUUUGAAAAUCAUUGGGUGCUUGUGGACUGAAAUGGGAGGUGUUCCCUUCUAUACACUGGGUUCGGACCAUUUAAAUCUUUAAAGAUUAACACCAGCACUUCAGAUUGUGUCAAGAAAAGCAAUGGAAGCCAUACAGUUGUUUUAGUGCUGGUGUAAUUUUCUCCUCCACUCGUUUUGUUAAUUAAAGUGACGGUUGCAUUUUCACUAGUUGAAGUCUUCUCGUAAAAUCUUCAAAGCCAGGCUGCUGGGUGUUGCAACAUACAUUUUGGAGCAACUGUAACCAGUAUAUUGACCAAACCUACCUGAGAAUCCAGAAAGCAUGAUGGACUCAACACUGCUCCCCAAAUUACAAACCUGUUCCUUCAAGAGGGGCAGGGAGGGCAUAAGUUCCAUUGUUCAUUGAUCCUCUCCCUAUGAACAUCUCUGUCUUGUCAGGGCUGAGUGUCAGUUUUUUGUUUUUGUGAACAAAUGCAGUUUCUCAUGAGUUUUGUCAAAGUUUAACAAAAUAGGAAUAAGCAGGAGGAUAUAAUAUUGAAGUUUUCAGGAUCUCUUGAUGAUUGUCCUAAACAAUCACUGCUCUCUUGAUUGUUUUUAAGAUUUAUGGUUCUAUCAUUGCUCAGAGUAAGUUCAGAUAUAUUGAACUUGCUUCACAGAUAAAAGACAACUUAGAAUAAGGGAUGUACACAGUAAUGUAUUUUUCAUUUGUAUUUUGAUUGUAUUAGUUCAUGUCCUUUAUCCACACCCAAAAGAGAAAUCCUCAAACUCAUCUGAAAGAUCCAAACAUGGCAUGGGACUUCUGGAGUCUUCGCCCUGAGUCUCUGCACCAGGUAGGGAUUUACUCUUUCUAUCCCGCUUUUUCUUUGCCUCGCAGACAGAGUCAACUUUGUUUCCUUCGUAUAUCCUGUGUGCACCUUGGGACAUAAUUCUCUGGCUCUCUCAGAUGGAUUGUGUGGAAACGAGAUAUUGCACUAUUGAUGUGGGGCAAAGGCUUCAGGAGUGAGGGCAGAAUAUUAUGCUGAAAAUUAAUUAUGGCUGGAACAUUCUUCAGUGCAGAGAAGUCCAUGGUCUGCUAUACAAAAGUGUACUUGGUUUUAGUUAUGUGAGCUUUCAUUGAGGAUAUCCGAGGUAGAUUUGUUAGUUUCUUGGUAAUGUCGCCCUCCCUCUGGAACACCUCCCUUCAGAUGCCAAGGAGCUAAAGAAUUACACAACUUUUAGAAAACAUCUGAAGGCAGGUAUUGGGAGGCUUUUAAUGUUUUUAUUAUGUUUUUAGAUAUGCUGUAAGCUGCCCAGAGUGGCUGGGAAAACCCAGCCAGAUGGGCGAGGUAUAAAUAAUAAAAUUAUUAUUAUGAUUUGCUGCUUUAUUUUUAGGUGUCAUUCCUGUUCAGUGAUCGCGGCAUUCCAGAUGGAUUUCGUCACAUGCAUGGCUUCGGAUCUAAUACUUUUAAGCUGGUAAAUGCUGGAGGAAAUGCCGUAUACUGCAAAUUUCAUUUUAAGGUAAUAAUUUCAGUUUUCCUGUUCAGCACUUGUUAAUAAACAUUUCCUACUUCUAAAUCAGUAUUACUGGAAUAUUAACAUAUUGUUGUUUACUUUACAUGGUUUUGAAAAUGUAGUUUUGCAUUCCUAGUCUUAUAAGAUUUUCAUAUGAUGCUUCAGUUUCUACAUACAGACUGGUCUCCUUAAUAAUUUUAAUAUUUUUUCUUUCAUUGUUACUAGUAUGCAUUUCUUAAGCAAAAAAAAUUUUUGAUGGAAAUUUCUAAGUGAUAUUAUUUUGAUUUUUACAGACUGAUCAAGGAAUCAAAAACCUUACUGUUGAAGAAGCAGGAAGACUGGCCUCUGAAGAUCCCGACUAUGCCCUGCGUGAUCUUUACAACGCUAUUGCUAAUGCAAACUAUCCUUCAUGGAGUUUCUAUAUCCAGGUUAUGACAUUUGAACAAGCUGAGGCAUUUCCAUUCAAUCCUUUUGAUGUAACUAAGGUAAGCGUAAUUCCUUUAUCCUACAUAUUGGAUAUAAGGAAUACAAAUUCUUCAUUACUAUGGAAAUAUUUACCUGGAAACUAUCUGUAAUAAAUUGUAUUCUUGCAUUUUAUAGGUUUGGCCUCACAAAGAGUAUCCUCUUAUCCCGGUGGGGAAGGUUGUCUUAAACAGAAACCCUGUCAAUUAUUUUGCUGAGGUGGAACAAAUUGCCUUUGCUCCAAGCAACAUGCCUCCAGGAAUUGAACCUAGCCCUGAUAAAAUGUUACAGGUAAGGAGUAUAGUAUUUUUAUAUUUAUUUCAUAGUCAAAAGCCUUACUGAAAUCAAUAUGCAUUAUGUCCACAGCACACCCUGAUCCACCAAGCCUGUAACUCUAUCAACAAAAUAAAUCAGAUUUGUCUAAUAUGACUUGUUUUCAGGAAAACUGUGCUGGGUCUUAGUAAUCACAGCAUCCUUUUUAAAGUGCUCAUAGACCAACUAUUUACCGUAUUUUUUGCUCCAUAACAUUCACUUUUUUCCUCCUAGAAAGUAAGGGGAAAUGUCUGUGCGUGUUAUGGAGCGAAUGCCUACGGAUGGCGGGGGGAUCUGCUGCAGGCGUGAGCAGAGGAUCCAUGGUUCCCCUUCCUUCCCUCCUCCGUGGCUAGCUUGCUUUGGAACAGCAAAGCGGGAGAAGAGCCGCUGAGUGGGGAGAAGAGAGGGACAGAGAGCCUGGUUACAAAGCAUGGAUUCACAUGGAUCCUCAGGAUUUUUGCACUGGGUCACCCCAAAUUCACCGUCAGAUCACAUGUCUGUGGCCACAGCAUGAACCACAAAAAUCAUACAUCCACUGUUUCGUUUAGAAUAUUUUUUUUGUUUGUUUUCCUCCUCUAAAAACUAUAUGCGUGUUAUGGUCGGGUGCGUGUUAUAGAGUGAAAAAUACGGUAAUUAUCUGUUCUAGAACCUUUCCUGGUAUCGACGUCAAGCUGACUAAUCAGUAGUUACCUGGGUCUUCUCCCCCCCCCUUUUGAAGCUAGAGACUACUUUUGCCCACCUCCAGUGUGCAGAGACCUCCCCUGUUCUCCAAGAAUUCUCAAAGAUUAGAGGCAGAGACUCUGAGAUUACAUUCUCAAGCUCCUUUAGUACCCUAGGGUGCAGCUCAUCAGGCCCUGGAGAUUUCAAUUCAUUUAAAGUAGCUAGGUGUUUCCUAACUACCUCUUUUCCUCUCUUGGGCUGCAGCUCCCUCCUUACAUCAUUUAUUCUGUUAUUACAAGGUUGGGCAUUGGACAGAGGCAAAGUAGGUGUUGAAUAGUUCUGCCUUCUGUCUGUCACCCAAUAACAUUGCUUUGUCUUCUCCACAAAGCUCAUUAUGAGCUUUAGCAGCCAUCCUGACCUUCAUCCUUGUUGGCUACUCGUGUAUACUCCUCCUUUGUGGUUUCCCCUUUCUUCCAUUUCUUAUACAUGCCCUUAACUCCCAGCUCACCUUUAAUAGGUUUCUUUAGCACCGCCUCAGUUUCCUGUGCAUAAAUGAAGCUAUUAUCCCCAGUACCAGGUACUCCCCUGUCAUCUGUAAUAUUGUCCCCUCCCUCCCUUCAGGAUUUAGUUUAAAACUCUCCUGUUCAGGUUCGCGAAACUAAAUCCCACAUUUUAGAGCUGUGUGUAUCACUGGUGUUUCAUAACAUAAAUAAAUAUUCAACAGAAUAUUCUAAUAAUCUAGUUGUAAGAGUACUGCAUUAUUGCAAGUAGUUUUUUCCCCCUUCUCUAGGGUAGAAUGACUAUGUUACUGUACUGCCAGUUCAAACGUGUACUGCCUGGAAACAUGCAAAAUAUACAAGAUCUUAUUUUUUCAAAUAUAAGGCAGUCCUAGAAAAAGACACAUGAUUCUCUUGUGGCCUCAUGUGAUUGUGUUGUGGGAAGUUUGCUUAUUAGCGAAUAUACAGUAACUUCUGUAGUAAGCUGUUUUAAAUCAAAAUUAAGAAUGUAACUCCACAAUGGCUUUCAACAGUCUCGGAGACUACAGUCCCAAAGCAGCUCAUAAAUUCUUUAAGAAGAUAGUCAUAAUCGCACCUGGGGAGAGCCGUCAGAUUUAUAAACUUGAUAAUUACCUAGUUUUCACUAUGGGAAACAGAAUGCUGGACUGAGACCUUUUGUCUUCUCUUGCAUGUUCUUAUCACCCUGGCGAGAAACAAUUCCUCCUUCUAUUGGCAUUAGGAGCAAGGAACAGCUUAAAAUGAAUGGAUACUGCCACCACUGAAACCAUAUAUAACUAUUAUUUAUUACUGUUGCUUUAACAGAAUGUUUUUAUUAAGAAUUUCUGUGGGGACUCGCAGCAAAUAAUUUGUACAGAUAUAAAUCGCCCGAAACACUCACACAUCAAACAGCACAUAAGGAUUUUACAUAAAAAAUAUAGUUGGCAUGUGUUAUGAAAUCGGUAAAACAGAGCUCCAUCCUAAAGUUCUGUCUUUUGGGUUGUAUCUUCCUGAAGAUUCAGCUUUAUGCUGGCUGGAGGGGAAAUGAUCUCUUCUUGUCCACUUCCAUUCCACAGCCAUUCUCUCAAAUGGAUUGGCACUCGGGAACUAACAUUUACAGCCUCUUAGAACGUAAAGUUCAUCAACAAACAAGGAACUUAAAGAGCUAAGAAACUUCAUAACUCACUUUAAAACGUUUAGGGAAACCUCACUGCUCUUAACGACUUCAGACCUUACAGAAUGGAGACGAAUGCUAUCAUCCAGACUGAGGUUCUGAGCUUAAGGUAAAGGGACCCCUGACCAUUAGGUCCAGUCAUGGCCGACUCUGGGGUUGCAGCGCUCAUCUCGCUCUAUUGGCCGAGGGAGCUGGCGUGCAGCUUCCGGGUCAUGUGGCCAGCAUGACUAAACCGCUUCUGGCGAACCAGAGCAGCGCACGGAAACGCCAUUUACCUUCCCGCCGGAGUGGUACCUGUUUAUCUACUUGCACUUUGACGUGCUUUCGAACUACUAGGUUGGCAGAAGCAGGGACUGAGCAACGGGAGCUCACCCCAUCGCAGGGAUUCGAACUGCGACCUUCUGAUUGGCAAGUCCUAGGCUCUGUGGUUUAACUCACAGCGCCACCCGCGUCCCUCGAGGUUCUGAGCUAGUUGUCCAUAAAAGUGACAGCUCUCUGCCUCACCUCUCCUACUGGGUAUGCGCAGCUUUGUCUGAGUGAUGUACAUCAGUGGGUUAUACAUGCACAGCAGGAGGAAUGGAGCAUCCUAGUCUCAGCCCCCACCCAAAGAAGAGGACCUUGAACCUUUUCUCUUUGAUGUAUUCUAGGGUCGUCUUUUCUCAUAUCCAGAUACUCACAGAUAUCGCCUGGGACCCAACUUCCUUCAAAUUCCUGUAAACUGUCCAUACCGUACUCGGAUUGCCAACUACCAGAGAGAUGGACGUAUGUGCGUUUCUGAUAACCAAGGUAAUUCCAAAAGGUGUCUUCUGGAAGUAAUCUGCAAUAUCAUGUGCAAGGACUUUCUCUUCCUCUGCGUUUGUAACAUGGUCUGAAUAUGUGAUCUAAUAUUCCUUCCGGUUAGAUGCUUAACUGUGAGUGAAAUCCAUCACAACUUCUGCUCAUGUAGUAGGACUUUAAUUUACUCUGCUCCUUCCUAUAGCCCCCACCCCCAAAAAUAUGUUAAGGAGAAUCCCCCAACACCUUCAGAACAGAAUUCGGGGGAUGUGCUGCGGUCAGUAGAGCAGAGGAAGGGGAAGGCCUGUUGUGUGAACAGAAGUCUGUUAAAGUUUGUGCCCUGGCACAAUGGAAUACAGUGGUACCUCGGGUAAAGUGCUUAAUUCAUUCCGGAGGUCCGUACUUAACCUGAAACUGUUCUUAACCUGAAGCACCACUUUAGCUAAUGGGGCCUCCUGCUGCUGCCGUGCCGCCAGAGCACAAUUUCUGUUCUCAUCCUGAAGCAAAGUUCUUAACCUGAAGCAAUAUUUCUGGGUUAGCAGAGUCUGUAACCUGAAGCGUAUGUAACCCAAGGUACCACUGUAUUGCCCUUUGUGGACUUUUACUUUUCUUUUGAAGCAUAUUUGACCUUAUUUUAGCCAUAUGGAUUCAUACUUUUAAAAAAUCAAAAUACAUUUUCAUCUAUAGAGAAACAAGGAACGAAUGCAUGAGCAUACUGCAAGCAGUCGUUUUGCCUCCAAGCAUUUAUACCUACUGGUAGGAAAAAUGUAAUAAAAUUAUAUUUAAAGUCAUGCCAAGGUGAUUGUACUGCUUCAAAGAUCUUCUGUAAAUUAAGCUUUGGUGCUCAACCAAGAGCUUAUAAUAGGCAGGUAGCUGAUCUUUCUUGAAUGUUCUACUAGAUUCCAUUCAGAGUAUUCUGUUUAUCAGUAAGGACAUGCAAACAAGAGAAGUAGUAUUUAAGAAAUUAAGUAACUGGGAAACAAUAUCCUGAUCAGUUUUCACUUGGACAUCAGGAUCAAAUAGGAAUUGGAGAGUAAAUGAGUUGAGAGACUCCAGUUGACCUUUUAUCUAAAAAGAGCUAUUGCUGUACGCUGACCUUUUUUUGCAAAUGUUGAUAGCUAGGUAUGUGGCACUCCUAAAACACGCAUACAAACAUAUAUAUUUUUCUAGGUGGUGCUCCAAAUUAUUACCCCAACAGUUAUACUGGCCCUGAAGACCAGCCCAGUGUGAAGGAGAGCAACAUGUUUCUUUCCGGUGAUGUACAACGCUUCAAUAGUGCAGAUGAGGACAAUGUGUCUCAAGUAAGCAGAGUCGAAAUGGAAGAUUACCUUAUUUUGGACAUAUACAAGCUGAAUUCAUUUUAAUGAAAUGAAUUGACUUGCUGGAGACAUCUGCAAAAUGCCUGCUUUGAAAUGGGUUGAAGGUUUUUUGUGAUAUAGUUCCAUAUUGUAGAAACUUAGCUGUAGCUUCCCUAUGCCAUUACUGCAUUACCCUUUUGUUACUCUAUCAAGUUGUAGAGUUUCACACACACACACACACACACACACACACACACACACACACGAUCAAUGAAAGCUCUUUUCUAGGCCUGUAUGCAAUCCUAGACCUACUCUGGGGAGACCCACUGAAAUCAAUGAACAUGACUAACUCAGGUUUAUUCAUUUCAAUGGGACUGCUCUGAGCAAAACUUUACUGGAUACAACUCAUUGUAACCUGUGCCUAACAGCAGGCAGAAGCUCUCCAACAGAGCACUCAUAGCUACAGGAGGGUGCUGUAAGUUACCCCUAUUCCAAACUCUGUCCAGGGGCCUCUGGGAGGAGCUCUGCAGGCUGAGGCCACAGGUGAGUUCCUGCCAGAGUUUUGAGAAUUGGGCCCAAGGUCAAAUGGCUGACCUAAGCAAGGUUUGGAAUAGGUGCAAGCAUGUCCUUGUCUUGUCUUGGCCCUGGAAUUCCCCCUCCGUGACCAGGGCCGUCUUACCCAUAGGGGUGCAGGGCACCCGAGCACCGGGCUCUCAGGGGCGGCAGGCCAAGAAUCCAGGGCCCAAGAGUUGAGUCCGGGGAAGAGCCCACCCGUCGGUCGGAGCACCGCGGUGGGCUCUUCUGCUGCGGCAGGCUCUGCGCCACGAGUUCGGGGGCGACCAAGCCAGCGAGAUGCUGAGGCGGCCAGCCAGCUUCGUCCUCCUACGCGCCUGGGACUGGGCAACCUGGGGGGGGGGGUGCACUGGGUGGAUCUUUGCACCCCAGCGCCACAUAUGCUUAAGACAGCGCUGGCUGCCACUGCCGCUUUUUGGAAUUAGGCCUGUGUAAAUUACUUUGGCUUAAGUUCAAGCAGCUGAGCCAAGGUGAGCAUCUUAUGCCAGCAUAUGUCGGGCUCAAACAGGAUGAAAGGUUUAUGCUAAUAUAGGCCUGACUGAGCACCAGCUUAGCCAGGAAAGCCCAAGAUCUGCCAAAAGCAAACUUUCUCAUCCUGGUGGUGGCUUUGGAUUGUGCUGUAAAUUGAAAACCUGAGACACAUCUCAGGAAUAAGGCUGGUGGACAUCCCUUCUGUUUCCUGUGUUGGUGGUGGAGUUUAAAGUUAGUAGUGAGAAUUUCUCUUAGCUCAGUUUUUAUGUUAUUUUAGAAAACGUCUGAAUAUAAUUAUUCAGCACAAGAUGCUCCCAUAACGAGAGACAAAUUUAUUUUCAUUUAAAGGUACGCAUAUUCUAUACCAAAGUUCUGAAUGAGGAAGAGCGCGAGAGGCUUUGUGAAAACAUUGCUAGUCACCUUAAAGAUGCUCAGCUUUUUAUUCAGAAGAGGGCUGUAAGUGAAACUGCUACUUUUAUCUGAUGAUAUCUGAACUAUCCUUCUAAUGUAAAUCCUACAAUAAUUUUAGAAGAUAGAGUUCUAUAUAAACAUAUUGUAAAAUGCAUAAAAAUAUAAUGUAAGACAGAGAAAAUGUUUAAGCUUGAAAAGUUAUCCAGCUUUCUAAUUACUGAAAGUGCUUUUUGAAAUACUAUUUAAAAUAGGAUAAGUAAUAGCAGAAUAGCUAGCACAGUACUUCUAGCUAUGGAAAGACAGCCUCCCUGCUUGCUUUUUCAAGUAAGACCUGGAUAUAUUUAGGACUGUUUUGGUCCAUGCUGUAGCACAGAAAGUGCAUGAACAAAGCUACGAACAAAGCAAAAAUUACAUUUCAACUUUGGAGGGAAGAUUUGUAAUACUAUGGUCACAGGAGGUAAUUUGGAAGCUCUUUCAUUCAAACCCAGUUAGUAGUUUCAAAUCUCCAUGUCACUAGCAGAUGGCAUAGUUUACAUAUAAUUUGAGAAGGUAAAUUUAAGAAAUUCAAGUGUUGGUGCUGACCUUUAAAGCCCUAAAUGGCCGCAGACCAGUAUACCUGAAGGAGCGUCUCCACCCCCAUCGUUCAGCCCAGACACUGAGGUCCAGCGCCGAGGGCUUUCUGGUGGUUGCCUCACUGCGAGAAGCAAAGUUACAGGGAACCAGGCAGAGGGCCUUCUCAGUUGUGGCUCCCACCCUGUGGAACACCCUCCCACCAGAUGUCAACGAAAUAAACAACGAUCCGACUUUUAGAAGACAUCUGAAGGCAGCCUUGUUUAGGGUUGUUUUUAACGUUUGAUGUUUUAUUGUGUUUUUAAUAUUCUGUUGGGAGCUGCCCAGAGUGGCUGGGGAAACCCAGCCAGAUGGGUGGGGUAUAAAUAAUAAAUUAUUAUUAUAACAUCAUAGAGGAGGCUGCUGUAUCAGGCUCAUGGUCCAUCUAGUCCAGCAUCCUGUACUCACAGUAGCCAACCUGAGCACCCCAGCAGGAUAGGUGCACAACAGCACUCUGCCCACCUGCAGUUCCCAGCAAGUGGAAUUCAGAGACUGACUGCCUCUGACCGUGGAGGUGAAACGUGGGAAGAGAAGGGGCUUUGGAUGAAAUCUUAAUGCAGGCUUAUAAUUGCUCUUCAACUUCUCUUUGCCAAUCUAGGUGAAAAACUUUGCUGAUGUUCAUCCUGAUUAUGGUGCCCGCAUCCAAGCCCACCUGGACAGGUACAAUGCUAAAGGCAGUAAAAAGGUAUGGGAGCAUCUUCAGUUUACUUGGUGUUGAGUGGCUAAGGCAUUAAGAAGUAACUUGCAGUAGACCAAAUGUUUACAGUAAGUUUCAGUGGCUUGGUUUUGGAAAUGUAAAACUGCAAAAAGAACUCCACUCACACAGAAUGGCUCCACUGGAGGAAGAGGUCAUUUUUAUUGAUUCUUCCUUCCCUGUGUAGUCCCCUUAACUCCUGUUUUUUAUGCGUAAAUUCAUGAACAUAACCAUGCUUAAUUUGGCUGUUGUUUUUUCAAAAGCAAACAUAGCAAUCAUGUAAUGAGAGUAAUAAAAACCAAACUCUGUUUUUAUCAAGUUUUAAAGUGAUGUACAUUUGAUAUGAUGGUUACUUUAUUAUACCUCAAAAUAACCAGAGGGUUUCCCCCUCUAAUUAAAAUGGCAGUUCUGAACUUACUAAUCAAGAUAGAAAAUCAAUAUUGGGCAUAGGCUGUGAGAAUAUUGAAGCUUUAAGGUAAAGGUAAAGGGACCCCUGACCAUUAGGUCCAGUCGUGGCCGACUCUGGGGUUGCAGCGCUCAUCUCGCUUUAUUGGCUGAGGGAGCUGGUGUACAGCUUCCGGGUCAUAUGGCCAGCAUGACUAAGCCGCUUCUGGCGAACCAGAGCAGCUCACGGAAACGCUGUUUACCUUCCCACCAGAGCGGUACCUAUUUAUCUACUUGCACUGUGACAUGCUUUCAAACUGCUAGGUUGGCAGGAGCAGGGACCGAGCAACGGGAGCUCACACCGUCACAGGGAUUCAAACCGCCGACCUUCUGAUCGGCAAAUCCUAGGCUCUGUGAUUUAACUCACAGCGCCACCCGCGUCCCUUUUUGAAGCUUUAAAUAAGGGGUAAAUCUGGAUUUGGUCUGGGAGGCAUUUCCACCUGAUUUAGUGUACCCUCCUUCCACUGCCCUUCCCCACAGCAACUAGACUUUGGGUUGGGGGAACUUCCUCUCUCAUCCCAAAGUGGGACUGGACAGUAUUAUCAGUGGGAAAUGUUACACCAGAGUUGUACAUGUGUAUCCUGGUGGGGAUGCCAUGUUGUGGUAUUGUUUCAUAUAAAAGUUAUAAAGUGGUGCUAUGUUUUUAUGAAGUCAUCAGAUUCCUGUUCACCAUUCAAAGCUUUCAGAUACUUAGUGAGCUUUUUUUGUCUCCUCAGGGAUGAGUUCAGGUUUUCCAGCUUCUUCCAUGUUUGGGCAAUCACCUUCCAUGCUGUUAUGAGGAGGAAACUAUUCCAUUAUUCUAGGUUUAAUCUUUUGGAUCAUCAUGGGAAACUGACAAUAAAGUGAGCUGUGGUGAACACUGAACCAUGUGAUGUCAGAUGAGACUUAUUUCUGUAUGAACCUCAGUCCAAAAACAUGGCACUUUGGUGUGUGCUUUUCCAAUCCUGCCACAUUCUCUCCAGUACAGCAGGGAAGAAGCUGCUGGGUAGAUGUGAUGGCAUUGUUGUGGAGCCAGCAGCAAAACAGCUUAAAGGUGUUGUGUCUGAUUUUUGUCUUUACAAAUAACCCGGUUUUUGGCCCACAAUACACCAGUCCCCCUGUUCCAUCUGAAUCCACAGAUCAGAUUCCCAAAUUUGUUUCAGAGAAUCGAAAUUUUCUGUCUUAAUAUCACAAAUAAUUUUAUAAAGAAUAGACAGCAUCCUCUUUGAGUUUGGGGUUGAAUUGAGCACUAAGUUUUCAACCGGGGUUUGUUCUCUGAUGGAUAAGGAAAGGACACUGAUUGGUGGCAAAAUGGACCGCUUGGUGUAUAUAAAACCAAUCUAUCCUGCCUGCCUGGUAAUUUAGUAGCCAGCUCAUCGGCCUUUAUAGGUAAAUUAUUAUCAUAUAGAUCUCUAACUCAGUAGAGUUCCACUUCUUGCCAUGUAUCCCUGCUGAUCCUCGCCAUGCUGUUCCCUGUCUUGAUUUUGAAACUGUGAGUGGAAUAUGAAAGGAAUCAAAGGAGACUGGGGGUUUAGGGAUCUAGGAGCACCACACCUGAAGACCUGCAGGUGUAAAUGGAUUGGAAAUUUGAGUGCAAAAAUAAUUUACAAUGGACCAAGAAGGGUACGGCUAGGAGUCACUUGGGUUUUUGGUAUGAAGGCAUAAGCAAUCCUUAGGAUUGUGUAUAAUUUUUACAAUAUUAUGUAGGUGGGCAGUUUCAUUUGCCCUGGUGGACAAAAGUCACAAUUAAAUUCUUUAAACACUCAAAUGGAACUGACAAAAAUUGUCAGUGCCACCAUUUUCACAGCCGAUACCCAGCUCAUCUACGGCAUAUGGGUUGCAGCCGAAGCUUAAAGUUUGUUUUAAGUUCUUUGAAAUGGAGAUUAAAAUUUAAUCAUUGUAGUGAAGUCCAGAAUUUGCUCCCCAUUGUAUUGGAAAUCUUUCCGAAUAUUGUCUGUUCACCCUGGCCACCACCCUACUACCGAGGUACAAGUUCAUUGCCAAAGUUUGCAUUAGCUAAGAGGGUAAAUAGGACGUUCCAAAGAACUUUGUCAAAUGCUUUGAGGGUUACACAGCGAUUGUCCUAAGAUUUCCCAUGGCUGCUUAAGGGCAAGAGGAAGAAGAGCUUGCCUAGCGUUUAAAGCAAGUGAUCAGAGGGUAUAGGAGUAUGGGAUAAAAAGACAGGAAGUGUCUUACAGCAGAAUGAAGACAGAAUGGUUAGACUGGGACAGCUGUAUUUGUGGUGGUGAAGAACAGGUUUUGUGGCAAACUGAU